AUGCCGAAAUCUAAAUCCGCGGCCACGCCGAGGGCGCGGCCGAACGUCCUCAUCACCGGCACCCCCGGCACGGGGAAGACCUCCCUCGCGGAGCGCGUCGCCGCCGCGUGCGGGAUGCAUCACUACGACGUCAGCGCCGUGGCGAAGCGCGAGGACAUGUGCGAGUCGUUCGACGAAGACCUCGACACGCACGUCAUCGACGAGGACAAAGUCUUGGAUCACAUGGAAGAGAAGCUCGGCGCGAGCGACGGCGGGAUCGUCGCGGACUACCACUCGUGCGACCUGUUCCCGGAGCGAUGGUACGACCUGGUCGUCGUCCUGACGUGCGACAACUCGAUCCUGUACGACCGACUCGCCGCGCGCGGGUACGCCGAGGCGAAGAUCACGAAGAACGUGGAGUGCGAGAUCUUCCAGGCGAUCGCGGAGGAGGCGCGGGAGAGCUACGCGGAGGACGUCGUGAGGGUGUGCGCGAGCGAGACCAUCGAGCAGAUGGAGGCGAACGAGGCGUCGGUGAAGGCGUUCGUGGACGCGUUCGACGACGGCGUCGGCGGCGCGUGA